CCGUACCGGUACAGACCAUCCUCGUGCCGCCCAUCCUCCCGUACCUGCACAGACCAUCCUCGUGCCGCCCAUCCUCCCGUACCUGCACAGACCAUCCUCGUGCCGCCCAUCCUCCCGUACCUUCAGGCCUUCUAUAGGAUCCGUUUUUUAUAAUUCUCUAUGAACGUCUUGCGCCCCCUUUUAUUAUAAGAGUAUUUUUGAACUGGACGUCAAUUCUUGGGCCCCCCGAUGUAAGGAUUUACUGGCAGACAUGGGAAGCUGAGGGACCAACCCUCUGAUCAUGUCCCAGGACUUUGGGGUCACCUAUGGCUGCGUUGACGGAGGUCUGGGGACCAUCUGGGAGGCCGGGAGCGCCAUCCAUGUGGCCAAGCAGCAGAUUGUCAUUAUAUCCACUCCAGACGUCCCCGGGGAGGGACCCGUGGGCUCCGGCCUGAGCGAGGCUGAGCUGAUGCUCUUCACCACCCCGCAGGGGCCCGGCCCAGGAUGUGUGACACAGAAGCCGACCCUCGGGCGCCCUCCGGUGAAGAGGAAGCUGGAUUUGGAGGCAGGACACCGGAAUAUUCCAGAAGGACUCCAGACGCCACGCGGGAAGACCAGAAAUGCUGCCCGAGGAGUGAAGUCUCCAGGAGAGCGGUCCCGAUACGAGACGUCGCUGAACCUCACGACCAAGAGGUUUCUGGAGCUUCUCAGCAAGUCUGCGGAUGGAGUAGUGGAUCUGAACUGGGCCGCCCAGGUGCUGAAUGUGCAGAAGAGAAGGAUCUACGACAUCACCAACGUACUGGAGGGGAUCCACCUGAUCACCAAAAAGUCUAAAAACCACAUUCAGUGGAUGGGGAACAGAUCGAUGGUGGACUCCAGCAGUAGAUACCAGACGUUGGAGAAAGAUUGUCAGGAUCUUCUGGCCACGGAGCAGCAUUUAGACGAGCUGAUCCACACGUGCACCACACAGCUGAAGCUGCUCACCGAGGAGUCCGAGAGCCAACAAUUAGGAUAUGUGACUUGUCAGGACCUCCGUAGUAUAGCGGACCCCUCAGAGCGAAUGUUGAUGGUGAUUAAAGCCCCUCCAGAAACACAGAUGCAAGUCUCAGACCCCACAGAGGGGCUGCAGAUUUCUCUUAAAAGCACACGUGGACCCAUCGACGUGUUCCUCUGCCCAGAAGACACUUCUGGGGUUUGUAGUCCCGUCAAGACCCCGACCAAAGCUACGAGCUCUACAGACAACUCACCCAGCAAACAGAGCCCCAAUGGGCCCACAGCCCCAGCACCUAAUGGGCCCACCGCCCUGGCCCCCUCUCAGGAUAUUGGUGUAGGGUUGCUACCAUGUGACCAAGAAUCCCUGCUAACACCGGAGACAGAGCUGUCCUUAGGUUACCCCACAGAAGACCUCCACCUCUCCCCCGUCACCGCCGCCGUCUUGCCCGACUUCCUUACGGAUGAGUUCAUCAGCCUGUCCCCUUCGCUCUCUCACGAGUACCACUUCGGGCUGGAGAACAGCGAGGGUGUAAGUGAACUCUUUGACUGUGAUUUUAGUGACCUGACAUCUCUGGACUUGUGCAAUGAAUACUGAAGUAGAACCGCUCCUCCAUAUAUUUUUUUUUUUUUUCCCAACACAAGCGCCAAUAUCCUACUCUGCAUUAACAUUUACCGCUCACACCCUGUGAUGUCUUCAUGAAAAUGAACAUUUUUUCCCCCCCCCGCUAUAAUUGCUGAUACUGAGCAACGAAGAUCUGCAGUUCCAGCGGUCAGUGGUUCCUGAAGGCACGAAUCUGUAGCAUAAAUCAUAGCACUUGCAUUGAUCUGCGGAAGAUCGGGACGAGGAGAUCUGUGACACAAAGUAACGCGAUCGGUGUCUUUCCCCCCCCCCCCCCCCACGUGAAGCUGAAGUUGUGUAUAUAUAUGUGGUUUAUUUUAUUUUUGUUGAUUCCUAAAGACUUUUGUGCUUCUCGAUGGUUUACUGCAUUAUGAUCUCCGUGUGAACUGACCUGCUGGUUAUGGAGGGCGCCCGAUCGUCUCUCGGCUUUAAUCGUCUCCAGUGUCGGACGCUCUCGUUUGUGUUGCGUUUAUAAUUUAUUUAAUUAUAAAGCUAUUUUGUUAUUAAUAGGUAAUAGAGAAAUUGUACUUCACCUCCGAGGCUCAUGACCCCCCAACAUAGUUUUUUCAGGGUACGGCCACUUUGUACUUCUAUCGAGGGCUACAUGGUGAAAUAGGCGGCCUAUCGCCAAGGGGCAUGAAUGCGGAUGCUUUAACUUAAAGGGGUACUCUGGGGAGGUACUUGUCAGCUGCUGUAUGCUCCACAGGAAGUUGUAUAGUUCUUUCCAA